CAGCAUUAGCGGGUCGUGCCGGAGGCGGGGUGGAGGCGGAAGUGGUGGCGCCGGCCCGGGGAGUAGGAAGGAACCGGGUCUGCAGCCCGAGUGGAGCGGCUGCCAGCCGAGGAGCAGGCGCGGCCGCGUCGCCAUAUUGCGGCCCUAAGCGGCCGCGACCGAGUCAUGGCUGAGACCUACGACUUCCUCUUCAAAUUCCUGGUGAUUGGCAGUGCAGGAACGGGCAAAUCAUGUCUCCUUCAUCAGUUCAUUGAGAAUAAGUUCAAACAGGACUCCAACCACACAAUCGGCGUGGAGUUUGGAUCUCGGGUGGUCAACGUGGGUGGGAAGACCGUGAAGCUACAGAUUUGGGACACAGCCGGCCAGGAGCGGUUUCGGUCGGUGACACGGAGUUACUACCGAGGGGCGGCUGGAGCCCUGCUGGUGUAUGACAUCACCAGCCGGGAGACCUACAACUCGCUGGCCGCCUGGCUGACGGAUGCCCGCACGCUGGCCAGCCCCAAUAUCGUGGUCAUUCUCUGUGGCAACAAGAAGGACCUGGACCUGGAGCGUGAGGUCACUUUCCUGGAGGCCUCCCGCUUUGCCCAGGAGAACGAGCUAAUGUUCCUGGAAACUAGUGCUCUCACGGGUGAGAACGUGGAGGAGGCUUUUCUGAAGUGUGCCCGCACCAUUCUGAACAAGAUCGACUCAGGUGAGCUUGACCCCGAGAGGAUGGGCUCCGGCAUUCAAUAUGGUGACGCCUCCCUUCGCCAGCUGCGGCAGCCUCGGAGUGCCCAGGCUGUGGCCCCUCAGCCCUGCGGCUGCUGAGACCAGCGGAGCCAGGUGGGAUACUGGGGACUCGGGCUGCAGGGCUGGUCUCCUGACAAAGGGGAGUACGGAACAGAGACAGAGACACAGAAAAGGAGAGAUGACAAGAGAAACAGAGUGAGGAAGAAAGACACAAGAACACUUGAGUUAAAGGGGCCAUCUUCCCGGCCCUGGGAAACCACCCGUCCUUCCCAUCCCACCGCCAGCUCUCUGCCCUGCAUCUGUGACCCUCCCAUUCAUAAUUCAUCAAAUGUUUGUCGAGUGCCUCCUCUGCGCCAGGCCCUGCUCCCGGCACUGGGGCUGUAACAGUGGGGAAAACAGACAAAAAUCCCUGCCUUCAUGGAGGAGAUGGACAAUAAAGAAGAUACACAAGCAAAUUGUUUAGUAGGAAGCCGUGCUUGUUCCCCUGUGCUUGGUCCAAAGUCCUUGACAGGCUUGAAAGUUCCUACAGGAUUUGGUCCUAUCCCCACCUCUCUGCGGGUGUGUAUGUCUUGACAAUUCUCGUCUCUGUGCUUCAUGCCCACCCAACCCUCCACCCGACAGCCACUGGCAGCUCCAGGAUGGCUGUGGAGCAAAGUGUUUAGACUUUGGAUAUAUGUACUUGGAGAGCAGAGCCAACAUAAUUUCCUGAUGAAUGGAUGUGGAAUGUGAGAGAGGAGUCAAGGAUGAGCUCUUUGGGCAGGGCUCUUUUCCUUCCAGGCCUUUGCAUCUGCUGUGCCUGUGCUCCCUUCUGGCACCAACUCCCAUCCAUCAUCAGGUCUCUGCUAAAAUGCCUCUUCCUGCAGGGAACCUUCAUAGGCUUCCCAAAUGGGGUCACUCCCUCUAGAUGGGCGGUCUCACAACUGCCCCUCCUUUUCAAAGCGUUCAACCGACAGAGUUGGUCAUUGUUAUCUGUAUGGUGUUUGUCUCACCCAUCUGAGAAGGUGAUAGAUCACAGACUCCAGAGCUGGGCUGCCUGUGUUUGUACUCCAACUCUGUCACUUCAUAGCUCUGGGCAAAUCAUUUAACCUCUCUGGGCCUUGAUUUCCUCAUCUGUAAAUGGGGCUAAUGAUAGUACCCACCUCAGUGUGAGUGUUGAGAAGAUUAAGUUAAUUCAUGUAAAGUGCUUAGAACAGGGCCUGACAGGCAGUAAGCUAAGACUUGAUAAACGAGGGCUGUUUAUUAUUUUUCUUCUUCUUAUCCAUUUUAAAGACUCUGGGCUAUGUAGAAUCAGAUGGGUGUGUACUCUUCGCCUCGGAGCUUAGUUUUGAGUCUGUUUCAGGGUUUUCCCUCAGUGAAUCAAAUGUAAUAAGACUGCAUUUUCAAACUUUGUUGAUUGCCCUCUACAGGAGGAAAUAUACUUUAUUUGUUGAUCUAAUAUAGUCACACACGUAUAAAACUAAAACACAUGUUCUCGUAUUAAUAUUCUUUCUCUUAAAAUUGAGGUGAAAUUCACACAACAAAUUUAGCCAUUUUAAAGCGUACAAUUCAGUGGCAUUUAGUACAUUCGCAAGGUUAUGCAACCACCACCUCUGUCUAGUUUCAAAGCAUUUUCAUCACCCUUAAAAGGAAACCCCAUACCCUUUAAGCAUUCAUUCUCCAUUCUCCCCAGCUUCUGGCCCCCACCCAUCUGCUUUCUGUCUCUAUGGACCAACAUAUGAAGCACUCUGAAAUUUUCUUUCUUUUUUUUUUAAUAUGUUAACAUUUUAAUUUUUAUGGUAUUUUCUAUUUUAUUCUGUUACAACAAUUGCUCAAGGCCCACCAAACUGAUUUCCCAACCCACUAAUGCAGUUGUACACAGUGGAAUCACCUGGAGAGCUUUAAAAGAUACUGAUGCCCGGGCCUUACCCCAGAGAUUCUGAAGUUAUCUGGGGAUUUCUAGAAGCUCCCAGGUAAUGCUAUCUGCAGAUAACUACAAAACAGGAACUGAUGUGUCUCCUCGGUUUGGAAAACACGGGAAUGAGACCUAGAGCCUGGAUGAUCCAGGAACAUAGAGGAACACAGAGGUGCAAAGGUGGGGACACAGAAUGUAGACACUGAGAUGCCCCUCUACAGACUCAAGGAGACAGCUCUCUGAGGCAGGUAAACAGGGAGGUGCACGUGCCCUCAGCUCUAGAGCCCCAAAGUACCGGCAGACAAGAAACAGAAAGUCAGACAAUGUAGAAACUUUGGGAGAAAGAGAAAAGUAUGAACAGACAGGCACAGUUAGGCGGGCAGGAAGAUACCCAGAAAUGAGACAGAGACACCAGCCAACAGACCCAAGAUCCCUCCAGUUCACGGCACACUUUUCUUUCAGCUCACCCGUUCUCCAGGACCAGCCCUAUCCUUCUGGCUGGGGCCCAGACCCAGGCCCUGGGAGGCUGAGCCCCUUACCUGACCUGGCCCCAGAGAAGCUGCCCCGCCACCUGUCCCCCUUCCCUGGGCUGGUGGGGCCUGGCUGAGGGGCAAGACUGAGCCACGGGGGAAGGGGGAAUCCGUACCUGCUGCUGCUUCCUCUGUCUUGGCUAACCCCUCUUCCCCCUGAACCCCUAACCAUACUCAAAGAGUUUCCAAAGCCCGAGACCAGGGCCAUUUGGCCUCAGCUCCCCUGGCCCUGCCACUGCGAGUACGUGUUAUUUAUUACCUUACCUGGAGGUCUGUCCCGUCCCCACCCCACCCCCAUAAAGCAUUGUUUACA